GAUGGGCGCGGCGGAUUCAUGUGGUGACGUUGGUUGCGGUAUCAUAGGCUCCGGCGCGGUAGAGGCAGAAAAUGUGCAGGUGGUGAGGGUACCAAAGCAGGACAGAGGCACCCGUCAUGGCCAGGCACCGCAAUGUGCGCGGGUACAACUAUGAUGACGAUUUCUGUGAUGAUGACAUGUAUGGACAGUCAGUAGAGGAUGACUACUGUAUCUCACCAGCAACAGCUGCUCAGUUCAUAUAUUCUAAAAGGGACAGGCUUUCAAGCUGUACAGAGCCCUUGGAAGAGGAGGAAGAUGAGUGUGAAGACGAUGACAAAUCCAAAGCUUCCUGUACUACCCUAAGUCCUCUUGAUCAAGCUCGGUUGUAUUCAUGCCUUGAUCACAUGAGAGAAGUCUUAGGAGAAUCUGUAUCAGAGAAGAUCAUGAUUGAUGCAGUAUUGCAAAGUGGCUUUGACGUGGCAAAGGCCCUGGACCGAAUCUUUAAGCAGGACAGCAACUCCAGCAAGAAGCCCGUUACUCAAGAUGUCUCCAGUGCUGAAAGACCAGGAAAAGGAAAAGCAAGAGAAAUGCCAUCUCCAGAUGCACAGAUUGUUCCCAAAAUUGCCAAGUUGACUGUUUCUGGAAAUAAGCAAACAAUGGGAUUUUCUGUACCAAGCAGUGCACCAUCUGAAACAAAUGGUCAGAGUGUUACUGCAUGUACGAGAAGCCAGGCUACGGACGACCCUAUGGAAGAAACUGACAACAGUGUGCUAUGUCCCAGCUCAUCUAACACACCUCAGAUCUCAGAAGACCUGAAUUCUACCCCAUCCCAAGGGAAAAGUUCUGGCAAAUCCAAGCGAAAGAUAAAUGUUAAAGAAGAGCUGGAGAAAAGACAAGGAGGAAAACAGCUACUGAACCUUGUUGUUAUAGGUCAUGUUGAUGCCGGGAAAAGUACUCUUAUGGGCCAUUUAUUAUAUCUCUUGGGGCAUGUGAACAAAAGGACUAUGCACAAAUAUGAGCAAGAGUCCAAGAAAGCAGGAAAAGCUUCUUUUGCAUAUGCGUGGGUGCUAGACGAGACGGGAGAAGAAAGGCAAAGAGGAGUAACUAUGGAUGUAGGCAUGACCAAAUUUGAAACGAAGACUAAAGUUAUUACUCUGAUGGAUGCACCGGGGCACAAAGAUUUCAUCCCAAACAUGAUAACUGGAGCUGCACAAGCUGACGUGGCCAUUUUGGUUGUAGAUGCCAGUCGUGGGGAGUUUGAAGCAGGCUUUGAAGCUGGUGGACAGACACGUGAACAUGCACUUCUGGUCCGAUCUCUUGGAGUGACUCAGUUAGCUGUUGUAGUCAAUAAAAUGGAUCAGGUUAACUGGCAGGAGGAAAGGUUUCGGGAAGUUACUAGUAAGCUUGGACACUUCCUAAAGCAAGCUGGUUUCAAGGACAGUGACGUUUAUUACAUUCCUACCAGUGGUCUUAGUGGGGAAAAUUUGUCGAAAAAGAGUGAAAUAAGUGAACUGACAAGUUGGUACAAAGGACCGUGCCUUAUUGACCAAAUUGAUUCGUUUAAAGCUCCAAAACGUUCGGUUGAGAAACCUUUUAGGUUGUGUGCAUCUGAUGUUUUUAAAGAUCAAGGUUCUGGAUUUUGCGUGACUGGCAAAAUAGAAGCUGGGUACAUCCAGACUGGAGACCACUUAGUAGUUAUGCCCCCUAAUGAUAGAUGCACAGUUAAAGGAAUCACAUUACAUGAUGAAGCAGUUGAUUGGGCCGCGGCCGGAGAUCACGUUAGUCUCACUUUGACCGGCGUGGAUAUCAUCAAAAUCAAUGUGGGCUGUGUGUUCUGCAGUCCUAGUGAACCUAUCAGAGCCUGUACACGUUUCCGAGCCAGAGUUCUCAUCUUUAAUUUUGAUGUUCCUGUAACACAAGGAUUCCCAGUUAUUAUACACUACCAAACUGUGAGUGAGCCCGCCACCAUCAGGAGGCUGAUCAGUGUACUACACAAGAGCACAGGAGAAGUGGUUAAGAAAAAGCCAAAAUGUCUCACAAAAGGAAUGAAUGCCAUGAUAGAGCUUCAGACACAAAGGCCUAUCGCUUUAGAAUUAUACAAAGACUUUAAAGAACUUGGCCGGUUCAUGCUUCGAUACAGUGGGUCAUCUAUAGCAGCUGGAGUUGUCACGGAGAUAAAAGAAUGACACGUAACUAAUAAUGGAGACUUUUGCAACCAGCUGAGUACAUCCAGCUUGGCCACCCAGGUUCUGUACCCUAGAAUGCCUGGCUGAAGACAAAAGUGCAAUUAGAAGACGUAACGGACAGAGCCGCUGUGGACAACUUCUCAGUCUUGCCAUUUCACUGAACAAAGAGCCAGGAGACCUUGUCCUGGAUCAAGAACACAAUACCAUUAAUCAAGUGUCUCUCCUGUUCUCUCUACCGUCCUAUAUCAUUAAUGACUUGCUGCAGCUUCUCCUAUAAAAUUCAAAAUUAAUUUAUAUUAAUAAUCUUCUGGGACUUGGCAUGAUGCUGUCAUCUACAACUGGCAGACACGUUUACAGUUCUCUCUUCUGAAAUGUCUGCAGUCUUUUUUUUUUUUUUUUUUUUUUUCGCCUUUAUAUUAAUGAGAUUUGGUUUAAAGUAUUUAGUACAGAAUAUAAAUUGCUUAUGUGCAGUGGAGCAUGACUGCAGGACAACACUUUAAGUUUUAGAGCAUGGCCAACCAUUGAAAAGUGAAGAAUAAUUGGGGUUUGCUGUGUGUGCCAAUUUUAUGAACUGAUCAACAUGGAUAUAAAAUCGACUAAUUAAAAAGUCUUGGUUUGAGCAUAACA